UGCGCCCUUGUAGGUACCUACCUGUUGGGGAAGUGAACUUCGAUCAGUCUGAGCAGCAGUUUACUCAAGUUAUGACAACGUGAACUUACCUCCCACCCAACCAACCAACCACCCACCCAACCAACCAACCACCCACCCACCCACCCACCAGCUCCUGCCUCUCUCUGCUCUCUCUGCCUCUCUCCAUCCCACCCUUUGCAACUUGGCAGAUGUGAUCCAUUUCUUUUUGCAAAGACCUGACUGUCGGUGGGACAUCGACACUGAAGCCGAAAGAAUGCUGAGAUUUGUAACUCCUUUGCCACCGCAUGUUAACUCGCCUGGGAACGGACCGGAAGAAAAUGACGAGACGGAUAGCGGCGACUCUCUAUUAAAUUCGGAGAGCGAAUCUUUUGUCCCCAGCCCGAUGCCGAGGUUUUGCGGAGAAGGCAGGAACUCGGACUCUCCUAGGCAGUCCUAUUAUCUGCCAGUGGGUUCCAAGCAAGGACUGACUGAGAGUGUCGUCAGCAACCACUACCCCGCUUCACUUUCAUGCUCAGAUAUACGUUAUACCUCGCCUGCGGGACAUGGUGGAAUGUGCCAUGACCCUCGUGGGCUGGGCCAGUGUGGAGAUUGCUUUAGCUCUGAAUCUGCUGGCAGCAGGUUCUCAAACAGGAACAUGAUCAGGUUUUCACAGAGCUUCAGACCAAACUCUUUAGACUCAUCGCCCAGCACACUUGGAUUAUGUAACCUGGAGCCUGGCUUUCCUUUGCAGUCUUAUCAACCUCAGCCACCUGGUCCUCUCCUGCCCGACUACACCAAUCGACCCAGAGUUUCUGUCUAUGUUCCAGCGCCCGGGCAACUUCCUUGCACGCCUCCCUGUCGAGCCUAUUACGUUCCUCAUCGGACACCAGGAGAUAUUCAUCCAAAUGGCCCCGAAAAUGUUUCCUUACCAAGGCCAGUGGGUUCCACAGAUCGAGUAAAUCAAAGUGAAGCAUUUAGCCUGCCACUUCCUCGUGAACAGAGAAAAGUCUUUGUGACGUACGCUACAGAUGAUGACCGACAUGUCGAAGAGGUCAUCAAGUUUGUUUCUUUGUUGAUCACAAAUGGAUUUGAAACCCAGAUUGAUGUGUUCGAGCAACAUUUCAGAAGCAUAAACAAAAUUGACUGGAUGGAAAGAUACAUCAAUGAUAAGGGAUAUUUGAUCAUCAUUGUAAUCAGCCCUAAAUACCAUGAAACUGUUACAUCCCAAAGCUUUCAAGUGAAAAGCGACGAGCAUUCUUUGAACGCAGUCUUCAUCUAUAAACAGCUGCAAAACGAAUUCAUUCAGAAUGGAAGCAAGAAUUUCCGAUUUGUUCCGGUUCUAUUCCCAGGAGCUUCUAUGAAACAUGUUCCCUCCUGGCUUCAAAACACACACGUCUACAAUUGGCCGCAGCAAAGCCAAGACAUAUUACGGCGACUAAUGCGGUUGGAAAAAUACAAUCCUCCCCCGGUUGGUGCCCUGCCCACCAUCAUUCAAAAAUCUAUUUAAGUCCACCUGCCCAAAUUGCUCUCAAACCCUCUUUCCCCCCCACCCCUUAUCUUUAUUUUGUAUUUCUUAUAAUUUACUUUGGUAACAUGGGAGUACUGCAACUGAAAGGGUUUUGGUUUAAGGUAACCACUGGUUUCGAGAGAUGCCUGGUGUUUUUGUUUUGUAAAAAAAACUCCUUUUUCUUCAAACAUUUCGGAACUCUUGAAUACAGUCCGGAAGAUAAUAACGUUCGGACCAUUAUUGCCAAGAUGAAAUGCGACUGUGA